GUCCAUAUGCUGUUGUCAAAUGCACCUCCUAAACUCGCCCAUAACCAUGGUUGGAAUACAGAAUCGUAGAAUCAGAGCGUUCAAAGGAACCUUGAGGAUCCAACCCCCUGCAACGCAUGAAUAUGCAGUUGUUCCUUAUGGGGAUUGAACCUGCAACCUUGGUGCCAUCAGCACCACGCCCCAAUCAACCUUGCUACCAGAGGCAAGUGCUGCUGUAGCUAGCCACUUAGCAAAGAAACAUUAUGUUGAUAUGCUUGUAACACCCUUGUUUUUUCAGUGUUCUAUUAACAUUCUCUCCCUUUUACAGAGCAGUGUAAGGAUUGUGUGGGUGUUGCCUUUCCCUCUCCAUAUUUGUGCUUGGCUUGAGAGCUGAGGGGUGAUCCAUUCACUUGGCUUUCUACUGUGUGCAUUAUGUGCAAUGGUCAGCACCGAGUGCCUGCCUGAAGUGUGCAAACAGGUUUUAAAUAUUAAUAUAAUCUCCAGAGAAGCUGAGCUUCCAGAGCGAUCCUAACCAUGUCUACUCAGAAGAAAUUCCUGUUGAAAUCCAUGGGGUUAGGAUUCCAGCCACAGCCUGUGCCAAUAAAAACAACAACAAAAAGACAACCAAGGUGAGCCUUUUGGUACGUCAAAGACGCACUAACUUAUUGUGACAAUCUCUUCAGAUUUAUAAGGUGAUCUGCAGUUGGCAGACCUACGUUUUGGGAUCCCUGAAGCUUGCAGUGUCUUGAGGGCCCCUUCGCCACUAGCAACAAGUUCUGGGUAACCACUGUUCUCUUCCUCCAUGGGGUUGUUCCAUGACAGAUCCCUACACCUUUACAACAUCUGUGCUACUGACUCUCAAAUGUUCAGAUUGUUGAAAUAUAUUAAUCAUCAUCAUCAUCAGUUUGUGUCAUACGGCUCAGAUUGGGUCUACUAGACCCAAAAUUGUUAAGCAACGUGGACUAAAAUCACUUCUGGGGCCCCUCUGGGAUUAGGGGCCUCCUGAAGUUUAAGCUUCAUUCAUUUCAUACUAGAUUCGUCCCAGGUUAUGUGUGUGAUUUGUGUGUGCAAACAUAUGCAACACACACACAUAUACCAUAGCUGUCAACUUUUCCCUUUUCUUGCGAGGAAUCCUAUUCGGAAUAAGGGAAUUUCCCUUAAAAAAAGGGAAACGUUGACAGCUAUGACAUAUACAGUACAUUUAUCUACAUACAUGACCAUAGAGGACGGGAAAGUUAAGCUACUAGAGUCAAAUGGUCGUGAUAUACAUGGUGUUUCCAUGCAAAGCUCAAUUAUUCACAAUAUAAUCAGACAACUGAUAACAUCAGAACAGUAGCGCGCUGGUUUUCUGCAGGAAAAAAGACGAGAUAGCACGUUUUUUAAGGCGUUACAAGACUCUUCGUUAUUCACAAUAAGGUUGAUGGGUGAUAUAAGACGGUCUCGUUCUGCUAUGCUAACUAUAUAACUGUAUAACUAUUGUUGGAGGAGAGGGGGUUGAACAUUCCUGGCUGAAGCUGCUGGAGAGUUGCUACUUGAGGGCGCGAGAGCCCGCUUUUCGUUGCAGCAAAACCUUGGGACUUCUGACGACCCCUUUGCCGUCUCCGGCGUAAGCCAAUAGAAGCUCACUCCGGCGUCCGCUCCUCUCCAUAAAAGCGAACCUCCAGCCAAUCAAGUGCCAACACAAGAUGUUGACGCGCGAACCUUCCCAUCGCCGGCGGCGCUCAAGAGCUGCCCUUCCGAUUCACAGGGAGGAGAAGGAGGAGGAGGAACGCGUAACACCGCAUUUCCGGCUCCCGUUGGAAUGGAGGAGAAAUUCCUGCAUGCGGGCUCAGAGCCCAGCGUGCGGGUCUGCAAAACUGGCGCCUGAGACGUGCGCUAAGACAGCCCAACCUGGGCGGAUACCCCCCGCUCCUUCCCUCUAAAAGAGCUGCCAGUUACUCGUGUCCUGAUCAAAGUAUCAUGGGCAGCAGCACACAGAAAAAGAGAGGGGACGGUACUAUAUGGAUGAGUACUAUCACAAAAGUAUUGAUUCUGCUACCCCAGGAUUUGGUAUUCUGUCCUCGUUUUGUUUGGAAAGAGGAUCUGAUGCUAUUUAAACAACAACAACAACAACCAGCAAAUGAAAAGGAGCUUCAUUUUCUCUUGUUUUGCUUGCCUUUGGUAAUCCUCACAGAACUCUAGCCCAAUGGUUGCCAUUAAUUUGAUUUGAACUGAUUUUAUAAUGAGUUGAUUUUAGAAUGCUGUAUUAUUUUACUGUUGUUAGCCGCUCUGAGCCCAGCUUCGGCUGGGGAGGGCGGGAUAUAAAUAAAAAUUUAUUAUUAUUAUUAUUGCCUUAAAAACAACCCAUAGGUAGAUCAUGGGCGCGAGGAAGCAGCUUCCACCCCACCCUCCAUGGACCACAAGUUUGGCAGCUUUCGAGAGUGGUUUUCUGCAUUUGUAGAACCAGAUAUACAAGACAAAGUGAAAGGCCGCUGUUUUGACGUGUCCUCGGUGAGAAGCUGGCCUCCCCAGACCCCUUUUUGCCCCUUUCCAAAAACCCGGAACGCUUGAACAGCUUCACGCUCGGUCGGUGGAGCAUCUUCAUUUCAGGGUGGUGGGUUCGAGCCCUAUGUUGGGCACAGAUUCCUGCAUUGCAGUGGGUCGGACCAGAUGGCCCCUCGGGGUCCCUUCCAACUCUGUAAUUCUAUGCGAGGCGUGUUUGUGUGUGUGUCAAUCGAAGCACCUCCCCACCCCCAGACCCACUCCUUUCCCCCCCAAGGUAACCCAUGGGAGCCCUCUUCCUCCCCAGCCAGAGCCUGCGCAUCCAGCGCUGCGUCCAGCUCCGAAGAUGCGCCGUCCCGUCCACGGGAGCUCGCGCCGUAAUAAAAGCAUCGCGCUUUUCCAGAUGCCGCCGGAGCGAAGGCUAGGGGAGGGAUGGUUUGGGUUCUUUUUUUCCCCUUGCGGCAACGAAUUAGUAGGGCGAGGAGGACCCGCCCGGGAAGGCCCAGCCUUCCCUUCCUCAGGCGCCUCCCCUGGACGCUGCUGCAGUCGCGUUAGCAACCAGGGCCGCUGCUUCCGGCAGCCAUGGAUCCUUCCUUGCUGCAGGUUUGUCAGAGGCGCUUCGGCUCGUCCCUCCCCUCCGACCCGCGAGCGAAAUUUCCCGUUCUUUCCUCCCGCGCCCGCGCCCCUCUCCUCUCGGGAAACGCGCCCCUCUCGGCGGCUUCUGCGCUCCUCCUUUUCUCCCCCCGACGUUUUGGAAAGCUCCCAGCUCUCGCGUAACAAAGCAAGCAAGAGAUGGGAGGGGGGGAGGCAGCGAACCUUUCCAUCUUCUCCCUCCUAGCUUUCUUUUUCUCUCCUUUUGGAAGUAAGACAAAAUGAACCGAAACACCCAUCACCACAGAAUGUUGUUGUUUAGUCGUGUCUGGCUCUUCGUGACCCCAUUGGAUCAGAGCACGCCAGGCACUCCUGUCUUCCACUGCCUCCCGCAGUUUGGUCAAACUCAUGCUGGUAGCUUGGAGAACACUGUCCAACCAUCUCGUCCUCUGUCGUCCCCUUCUCCUUGUGCCCUCCAUCUUUCCCAGCAUCAGGGUCUUUUCCAGGAGUCUUCUCUUCUCAUGAGGUGGCCAAAGUAUUGGAGCCUCAGCUUCAGGAGCUGUCCUUCCAGUGAGAACUCAGGGCUGAUUUCCUUAAGAAUGGAUAAGUUUGAUCUUCUUGCAGUCCAUGGGACUCAAGAGUCUCCUCCAGCACCAUAAUUCAAAAGGAUCAAUUCUUCAGCGAUCAGCCUUCUUUAUAGUCCAGGUCUCACUUCCAUGCAUUACUACUGGGAAAACCAUAGCUUUAACUAUAUGGACCUUUGUUGGCAAGGUGAUGUCUCUGCUUUUUAAGAUGCAGUCUAGGUUUGUCAUUGCUUUUCUCCCAAGAAGCAGGCGUCUUUUAACCACAGAAUAGAAUUAUUGAAAUGAGCCCGACGGCCAUCUAGUUCAGCCCCCUUUUCAAUGCAGGGAUCUUUCACGAAUCGUGGGACUUGAACCCUUGACUCUCAGAUUAAGAGUCUGAUGACUGGCUGAGCUACAAAUGCCAGUGUUUCUGAGCUGAGCAUCGGGCGUCUGAGCCUCCUUCACAUGUUUACAUGUGUUUUUAAAUGUCAGCACACACGUAUUUGGGAGGACUGCUUCAUAUUAUACUUUCUGCAGGAAGCAUGGAGAAGGGUGUUUGUGUGUCUUCUCCUGUGAACGUACAAAGUUUCUGCCACUGUCUUUAAACAUCUGUGUGCAUCUGCACUUGGGAAACAUGAAGGGACAGUGUGUUUUUACUCCUGCAUUGCAGGGGGUUGGACUAGAUGACCCUUGGAACCCCUUUCAACUCUACCAUUCAGUGUUUCUGUGAAGUAAACAAGCAUGAGGGAGCAGCAGCAAACUUAGACUUUUUUCCCGUUACAUAGAUUACAAGGCAGCAAAUUGUGAGUUUGUCACCGUGUGUGUACUCAAAAGGCAGCUGCUGCCAUUCCCAUCUCCCUGAUGAGUGUAUAUAUGUUACGUAUGUUUGCCAGUACAGUGGUACCUCUGGUUAAGUAUUUAAUUCAUUCUGGAGGUCCGUUCUUAACCUGAAACUGUUCUUAACCUGAAGCACCACUUUAGCUAAUGGGGCCUCCUGCUGCCACUGCGCUGCCACUGCACGAUUUCUGUUCUCAUUCUGAAGCAAAGUUCUUAACCUGAGGUACUAUUUCUGGGUUAGCGGAGUCUGUAACCUGAAGCAUAUGUAACCUGAAGCGUAUGUAACCCGAGGUACCACUGUACCAACUUACCAUAUUGACACUCUGCAAUUUUAGGCACACACUUGAAACUUCUCAGGAACAGGAUUUGGCCCACUCUUAGAAGAGUUCUGCAGGACUAUACAAAGUCACGACUGGAGGCGGCACAAUGGCAACAACUGCAGAAAGAGAGAGUUGCAUAUUUAUUUUUAUCCCACCAUUUAGCAAAAUAAAUAAAGCUCCUAGAGUAAGCUUGCAAAUCACACUAACUUCUCAUUUCAUCUCAACCGUAUGGCGCUGGAAGUAGCUCUCCUAACUCAGUGGUUUCAGUUUUAUUAGUAUUUACACCUGUGUGAUUGUAUCCAUCAUUUCCUUGCAGACGCUCAUUAAUUACUAUUGCCAAGAAGGCUACUUUCGUCAUAUUCAGACACUUGCCAGCGAAGGCCUCAAGUUGUUUGGCAAUGACCCAAUCUUCGUUUUUUACCGCAUUUACGGCAGGCUGAUGGAAGGUAAGGCUUUUGACUCAAUAUCUUUCGGAACGUUAAACCCCGCUGAUUUUGGCAGGUUUACUCAGAGCACGACAGAGUAUGCUGGAUACCACCCAAUGUAAAGAUAUGCAGAGAGAUGCUUUAGCUAUAUCGAUAAUUCUGUAGUCGGCAGUGGGGACCUCCUGGCAGAGGCAUCGCUGCCGCUGAAUGGGAAGACGAGUGGGUUGAUACUAUGCAAACACACUUGUAGAACAUUCCUUGCCCAUGCCUCCCUCCCAGUAAACAGCAGCACCUCCAUUGUUGGGAGGUCAGGUAAGCACCCUCCACCACACUGCAAGAAUAUUAGAGUACUUAAUAACUGAGAAGUGCAGACUAGGGGGAACGGAAGCCCUGUAUAGGGAAGCCUUUCAAUGUGUAAUGUUUUAUUGUGUUUUUAUAUCUGUUGGAAGCCACCCAGAGUGGCUGGGGCAACCCAGUCAAAUGGGCAGGUUACAGAUAAGGAAAUUAUUAUUUAUAAGGAGGAGCAUCUGCUUUGCUUGCAGAAGGUCUGAGGUUCAGUCCCCAGGCAUCUCCUAGCAGAGCUGGGAGUGCUAUCUGUCAGAAAUCCUGGAGGAUGACUGGCAUGUCAGCUAGGUGGACCAGUGGUCUGGCUUUUGGUACAAGGCAGCUUCCUGUUUUCCUCUGCUUGAUGAAGCACAUAUUCCAUGGCACCAGAAAAUGCAACUUAACCUUCUUGAAUUUGAUUCCUUAGGGCACAUUCAGGAGGCUCUUCUCGACCUCGAAACUCUUAAAAACAAGCAGGACGUAUCCCUUUGCACAAUGAUGGCAAUGAUCUAUGCCCAUAAAAAGAGCCCAAAUCCAGGUACAGUUUGAACUAUCUCUACAACGAAUAAAGCCAUGUGGACUUAACGGUCCUGAAUGAGGGACCAGGGGCGCAGCCUGGGAGUCAUUCUGGACUCACAGCUGUCCAUGGAGGCGCAGGUCAAUUCUGUGUCCAGGGCAGCUGUUUACCAGCUCCAUCUGGUACACAGGCUGAGACCCUAUCUGCCCGCGGACUCUCUCGUCAGAGUGGUGCAUGCUCUAGUUAUCUCUCGCUUGGACUACUGCAAUGCGCUCUAUGUGGGGCUACCUUUGAAGGUGACCCGGAAACUACAACUAAUCCAGAAUGCAGCAGCUAGACUGGUGACUGAGAGCGGCUGCCGAGACCACUUAACACUGGCCCUGAAAGACCUACAUUGGCUCCCAGUACGUUUCCGGGCACAAUUCAAAGUGUUGGUGCUGACCUUUAAAGCCCUAAAUGGCCUUGGCCCAGUAUACCUGAAGGAGCGUCUCCAUCCCCAUUGUUUUGCCCAGACACUGAGGUCCAGUGCCGAGGGCCUUCUGGCGGUUCCCUCACUGAGAGAAGCGAAGUUACAGGGAAUCAGGCUGAGGGCCUUCUCGGUAGUGGCACCUGCCCUGUGGAACGCCCUCCCAUCAGAUGUCAAAGAAAUAAACAACUAUUGAACUUUUAGAAGACAUCUGAAAGCAGCCCUGUUUAGGGAACCUUUUAACAUUUGAUGAAUCAUUGUAUUUUAAUAUUCUGCUGGAAGCCGCCCAGAGUGGCUGGGGAAACCCAGCCAGAUGGCAGGGUAUAAAAAGUAUAUUAUUAUUGUUGUUGUUGUUGAUGUUGUUGUUGUUGUUUAUUUAGUGAGUUGUUAACAUUUCCUUUGCUGUCCUGUUUAAUGUGAAAGCACGUGGGGCCUUCAAUAAAAUGUUGCGGCAUAAUCUGCCUAACCGAAGUGCACCUGCUCAGAGUGCCUCUUCCAGAAAGCCAUUGCAAACACCCCCCAUUCAUUCCCUGCCUCCCCAUUUAAAAUUGCACGCACGCAAUUCUGGUUCUGAAUUUGAACCAGAAAUACCUUAGCUAGAGGAAUCAUCCAUUUUUCAAGUUUAACAGCAGGAGGAUCCAAAGCGGCCUUCCUAAUAUUUUUACUGUUAAACCAUGGCGGUAGGGAGUUUGUCCCUGUUGCAUGACAUCUUGCCAUAUAUCUGUAGCAUGUACCGAAGACAGUAGGCCGAAUCAGGCUGUUUCCACACACCCACUGUUAUGGUUUAAAUAACCACCACUUUACUGAUUUUCUUCAGAUCGAGAAGCCAUUGUGGAGCUGGAUGCCAAGCUGAAGGAGCAACGCAAAGUAGCAGGGCAGCAGGCAUUGUAUUUUGCAGGCUUGUUCUUGUGGCAUAUUGGGCGCCACGAGAAAGCCCGGGAAUACGUUGACAGGAUGAUCAAGAUCUCGAAUGGCAGCACAGAGGUAAGCCGCUUCCCAUAGUCACACUUGGUAUCUCUGCUUGCUAUAGAACGAGACUUGCUAGCCCUCAGCUAUGUUGAGUCAUCCUGUAGAUCAUAGCCUGUUAUUACUGCUUCAUUUAACGCUCAAGGAAUAUUUUGGCGGAAUCAGUACUGUUAAAAACUAGCCUGAUGGUUUCUCUUUAGUUAGCUGUUAAGCGUGUCUGGUUCAUUAACCGAAAUGAGUCACUAGCCAAUAGCGUUGUUUGAGGCAGCUAAGCCAUCUAAUGGGUCUGAAUCACAGAUGUUCCCAAUGCUUGGGGUUUUCUUUGAGCUGCUGACACAGAAACGCCAUGUGCUGUGCAUAAACGUGGGUGUUUUCCUGUCAAGUUUAAAUUGCAAAAAUCGUGAAUUUUGUUUUGAAUGCUUUCUCACCAGCCAGUUGCAUACUAACAGCAUGAAACAUUAGGAGAAUGAUUGGAGUCAAAUAGAUUAUAUGACGGCCUUAGACUCUGGAGUGUUUUAAGGCUUCUUGGCUCACAAAUGUUUUCCUCUAACCCUCUCUUCAACAUUAGAACCUCUCAGCCAAGGCAAGAGGCUUCAUCCUUCACACGGUAUAAAGACGUUACCUUGGAACUGGCAGAAGCAGAGUUUUAAAUGAUUCUGCAGUUAGCGUUUUCCGUUUCUCUUAGUAUGGAUGUGAAGUAGCAGCAUUGUAACAGAGGCUGUACUAUGGCCGCUCCAAAAGAUGCAAAUUUGAACAUUAUAAGAGAGUUCCUUGUGUUUCCAUUAUUGGUGCUUUGCAGGGAUCUUGGGUGUGCAGACAUUUGGAUUUUCAGGAUCUUGGCUCACCACGUUUCCUGGGUUCCCCCUUUUAACAUUUCAUCUGGUGCAGUUCAUAUGGUAUACCUAGUGUUUUGAACAGUACAUUUGGAAUUGCUGUUUUGGGUUUGGAAGGUGGUUGUUGAGACUCUAGAUGGCUUUCUCAGUCACGAGUCCCAGCUGGUGAAACAGAGAAAGGGAUCUCUUUCAUGCCAACUUUGCGAGGAUGGAUGUUCUAAAAACCAUUUUUUUCUGAAAGCUUUCUUUAAGAAGCCCGCAUUUUAACAUUUUGCUUUUCUUUGCAGGGAUUGAUUUUGAAAGGGUGGCUUGAUGUCACCUCUGGAAAAGAAGCAAGUAUUAAAAAAGCUGUGAAAUACUUUGAUGAAGGGCUGCAAAAUGGAAAUGAUACCUUUGGCCUGAUGGGUAAAGUAAGUCUGUUAUUAAAACAGAAGCUUUUAAUCCUUGCCUGUUAAUAUAACUGAGAUUGUGGUGUGUGCCAAUGGAUCUCACACAGAUUGCUUUACACCUAGUCUGGGUUGCUCAAUGUGAGUAUCGGAAUAAAAGUUCGGAGUUAGUCCCAGGGAUGGGAACACAGGUCUGAAAAUUUUAGGAAACUGCUCACUAUCUCUUGUCAUUUCAUUAUUUUGAAUGGUACAGGUAAUGUGGUGUUCUCUGCAUUACAUAUGAGAUCAGGGUCCAUCCAUGGUUGCAUAGAAUCAGUCUCCAACUGUUUUUGGAAACUACAAAUCCCAUCAUCCCUAGCUAGCAGGAUCAGUGGUCAGGGAUGAUGGGGAUGGUAGUCCCAAAACAGCUGGAGACCCGCAUUUGGGAAACAUGUGUAUAGAGUUUCUGAAGUAGACUUUGAUGUGUUUGAGACUAGAAUAUUGUUGUUUAGGGAGGGAGCGGUACGUUCCGUAAAACAUCUUUCCUUUCUGCUUGGAAAUGUAGAGGAUUAAGGGAUCUCCUUCGUGUUUCAUUAGGCACAAUAUUUUGAAAUGCGCCAGAAUUACUCAGGAGCUUUGGAGAUGGUGAAUCAAAUAAUAGCCCACGCGCCACAAUUCCUUCCUUCUUUUAUAAAGAAAAUGAAGCUGCAGCUGGCUCUGCAAGAAUGGGAACAGGCAACCGAGACUGCACAGAGGUGGGUUGCUAUUGUUUUGGGAAGGAGGCAGGAGGGCUCCAGUAUCCUGUCAUAGGCCUAAUGCCCCCUCCCAAAGCCCAGGAAGCAUCUGCCCAGCUUAGGGAUGGGGCAUGAUGCUCUCUCUCUCUCUCACACCCACCCACCAAUCACCCUCACAAGCUGGUGCCUCUGGCGCUAAGUCUUCUGCUAUGAAAAUUUCCACCACACACCACUGGUGGCAAGCAGUGCCUUGUUACCUUCUCACUUACCUUCUCUGCUUCUGCAGUGGGUUGUAGAAGCUCUUGGAAGGUGGGGUUCAAUUAUAGUACAGUGGUACCUCGGGUUAAGUACUUAAUUCGUUCCGGAGGUCCGUACUUAACCUGAAACUGUUCUUAACCUGAAACACCACUUUAGCUAAUGGGGCCUCCAGCUGCCGGCGCACUGCUGGAGCACGAUUUCUGUUCUUAUCCUGAAGCAAAGUUCUUAACCUGAAGCACUAUUUUUGGGUUAGCGGAGUCUGUAACCUGAAGCCUAUGUAACCUGAAGCGUAUGUAACCCGAGGUACCACUGUAUGAGUUUUUGCUUGAGAGCAGAAUGGAUUGGUGAGGCCUCUUGGACACUUAAGUGUUCUCUGUUUCAUUGAACGCUGAUAACUUGCCCAGGGAACUCCUUGUUCAUAUGAACGUUGGCCCUCUGUUACGUGAAAACAUAUAAUCAGUCGUGUUAUAAAGAUACAGCUCCUGUCUCAUUUUGUUCUAGGUUGUUGCAGAAAGAUGCUCUUAAUUUGGACGCUUUAAAAAUGGAGGCCAUUCAUUAUUUGUGUAGGGAAGGAAAUAUACCUGAGGUCAGUACAUAAUUUAACAUCCAGGUUUGCUUUAAGUUACUAAUUAUUUAAAUAUACAUAUCCUGAACAAAUGAAGAGCACGGUUUGUUGUUGUUGGCAUUUCUUCACUGUCAAAUAGUAUCUGCUAAUUGGAAAAAUAAUAGCUACUAACAGUGCAAUUCUAUACAUGUCUACUCAGAUGUAGAACUCUGUUGGGAUGCAUCUUUAAAAUCUUAUAUUCCAAACAUAGGAAAUUACAAUUUCAGAAAUAUAACUAUAUUUUAAAGGCUGUACUAGACUUUCUAUUAAUUAACACCCUAUUAAUUCUAUUAAUUAACAGCGUGGCCCAUGGUAAGUACAUUGUAAGAACAUGCUUUUGAAUUAAAAACAAAUCAAGCUUUUGUGGUACGUACAACAAUCUAGAGCAUAAGGAACCAAGUAAACUUAUUAGGAGUUUGUUCUUGAGCAGUAGACCAGACCUGCCAAGGCUGGGGAUGCUGUGGCCAUCCAAAUGUUGCUUGACUCCAACUCCCAUCAUGCCUGACCAUUGGCCACGCUGGCUAGGAAUGAUGGGAGUAGGAGUCCCAGCACCAUCUGAAGGGAUACAGGUUCCCCAUCCUUGUUUUUGUCCUACCACAAACUGAAGCUUAGGGAAGUUUCAGAAACGAAUGUCAUUUUUCUGUGUGGCAAAAGAGGAAGUAAGGGUGCUAUGCCUCAAGAACCACAUGCUGAAAAUCCUUUGGAGACUAGUUGGAUGGUUCAUGGAUCUUUGGUCUAAUUCUUUAUGAGGAGGCAUUUCCCCUCCUUCCAGUUUGCAGUUUUUGGCUUUAUUUCCAGGGUGGAAUGAAACCAAAGAGAAAGAGGUCUAUAAUAAUAAAUUCAGUGUAGUCUUGGAAAGGUUAAUUCUAAAACCACACAAGGAACGCUUAAAAGACGACUCCCGUUCUAGAAAAGUCAAUGGAGAUUGUAGCAAUAAUACAUUUUGACUGCUGAGUCCAGCUUUUUAUAGCUUCAAGACAGAAAACAGUUUUUGUUUUGCAAAACGAGAGAUGGAUAAUUGCUAAAAAAAUAAAUAAAAAAAAUUAAUGUACUUUGCUUAACUUGAGGAAAAUAUCUCUUUAAAAUUCUGUUUGCAGGGCGGCUUUUCCAGUACAUUAUUCCCUGGAAGGUUAUAGCCAUAUAUUAGUUGUAUGUGGUUGCUUCAGAGAAGGAUUCCUUUUGAUUGUGGUAAUUGGAAUGCAGCCAUCCAAAGCUUAGCCUAUGCUGCCCAAUUAAGACAUGUUUACUAGACUGGAUACAAAAUAUUCUUCUGAUGGUAAACAUUUGAUUUCACAAAGGACUUCUGCAAGGCUCUAGUCUAAACUCACGUAUAAAGUACAGUGGUACCUCGGGUUAAGAACUUAAUUCGUUCUGGAGGUCUGUUCUUAACCUGAAACUGUUCUUAACCUGAGGUACCACUUUAGCUGAUGGGGCCUCCCGCUGCUGCCGCGCUGCCACAGUGCGAUUUCUGUUCUCAUCCUGAAGCAAAGUUCUUAACCUGAGGUGCUAUUUCUGGGUUAGCGGAGUCUGUAACCUGAAGCGUCUGUAACCCGAGGGACCACCGUACCGUGAAAGAUGGAGUGUGUGUGCCUCAUUUAGCUCUUAGGCAUUUAUUUAAGAGUAUGUUUUCUUCUCUUGCCAUUAAGUGGAAUGCCAUUAAGUAUGCAUUUGUAUAUUACAGUACUCAGGUUAGCAUACAUUGCACUGCUGCAAUGCUUUCGGAGUGGGUUUGUGUAAAAUGUGGCUGUUGGCAUGAGAACACAUUGCAGCUCCAUAUAAAAUAAUUUUAUGGGGCUCAGCUGUUCAAAACCCACAGAUUUCCCUCCCCAUUUUAUCCCCAUACCAAGACCGGUGUUCAUUUGCCCUUCCUCAGGCUUCCUCAAAGUUGGAAGAUUUGAUUAGUGCGUUGGAUAAGUUGGAACCUCAUAACCCCCAGCUCUUUUGCAAGACGGCGUUGGUGUUCAGCAGAACCGUAAGUGGGCAUUUAUUUUGGAAAGUAACAUCGAAGACAUUGAUUGUGAUCCUUUCGCCAUGAGCUGGUAAUUUUCCCUUCAUUAAAAUGGGAAGCCCCUGUAUAUGUUGGGUUAGGAUUGGUACCUAUCAGGCCUAAAUAACCCUGUACACAGAUGUGUCUGAAUCUUUUUAGUAGGCUCUAGGCUUGUUUAGCUGUGCACCAAAGUGCUCUAAGAGAUGCACGGCUGUUUCUGUUUCAGAAUGGAAGGUUAAGCGUUCACUUGGAAUCUUUCUUUAUAGUAUAUAGUGCAUUUUGAUUAUGAUGGGAAAUGAGCAUUGGUUAAUCUGUUGGUUGUUCCUCCCCACUCCAAAGGCCCCUUGUUUGUUGUGGUGGCUCCCCCCCCCCCCCCGCCCGCCGCAAGGACUUUGUCUGUGGCGGCUGUCUUCUUGUGACAAAUGGAUUGCUUGACUCAUUCACCCUGAGCAAAAAAAUAAAUAAAAUUGAGCCGAGUGGUGGCAUAUAAGUGGAGGUUGUGCUCAUGGCAAAUUCACGAACUGAUGUGUUUUGCCCUGAGCUGGGAGCUGUCAGGGGUUAGAGAGGGAGGAAAGUAGCUGCCAUAAGUUGUGUAAUCAUGUGCACUGGCCGCUUUUCUGAAUUCAGUGGUGCACUGCAGCAUGAGUAGAGCGGAGGAACUGGGUUUUUACUCUGUGCAUUCAAUUGCAGUUAGUAAUGCAAGGGACGUUCUUCAGGUGAUUAUGUAAGUUGGGUUCAUACCGGUGUUUCAUGCCACCCAAACAAACCAUCGCCCUUUCAUACAAAUGUUUGCAAAUUUUUAUUUUGACAUUUAGCGACUGUUUCUAAAGCUUUAAAAAGAAAAUAGUGAAGUGGAGGAUUUUAAAUCUGCUAAAGUGUUCAUGUUGGAAACUGUUCUUGAUUAUAGUGUGGCCGCAACCCACUGAUCCUUCAUCAGACUCAGACUUUGGUGGAACGAGCUUUCAGCUUAGACCCCCACAAUGCAGAUAUCGCUACAGAACUUGGCUACCAGAUGAUUUUGCAGGGGAAAACGAAGGAGGCCUUAAAAUGGUACAAGACUGCCAUGGCUCUUGACGAAACAAGCGUUCCCGCACUAACUGGUAUGGCUUAAAAACAGGUUUGAGUUUUCAAGAGCAUGCAAAGCUGAUUCCUCUCUCCUCCCCGCCCCCCCCCCCGAAUAAUUUUAUCACUGCAAGUAAUCUGGGUGAUUGACUUUUUUAGUGUGAUUUGCAUUCUCAUCAGCUUAUUGCCUCUCCUCGUUUUUGAGCCCCUCUUAUGUUCCUAUAGACUUUGAAGCCUGGUUUAAUGAAAAAGGAAUUCUAAACACCGAAGGCUCUUUGUAGGGCAGAGCUGAAAUGGGAUGACUUUGCAUUACAGGAAUUAUCCGGAGCCAGCUAAUGGAAGGGAAGCUAGACGAUGUAGAGCAGCAGUUGGAGUUCCUGAACGAAAUCCAACAGUCUAUCGGGAAAUCAGCAGUAAGAGAACGAUCCUUUCCAAAAGUGCUUUGAUUCUAACCUCACUGAGGAGGCUAGAAUAUUUAUGUGGGCAGAGAAUUCUUGACAGAGGGCUCCGGUCUUGCUUUUCUGCUCCUUGCAAUGUCCAAUUCUUGGGUUUCAAGGCAAGGAAUCCAAAUGUGUGCAAACGAGGUAAUACAUUUUUGAAGCAUUUUUACUCCCAGAGUGGCUAACAAAGAUCCGUAAUGAGACAGUCCCUGCCCUCAGAUUUGCAAUCUAGAAAACGUGAGUGCCACAAAAGGGGUGGGGGAGCAAACUCUGGCACUAUUUCUUAGUUACAGAGCUCUUAGAUGGAGAGUUAAAAGAGAGGAGGAGCCAACGUUGCUUCAGUUACCCUGCUUCCCAUCUCUCUCAGCUGCAGCCUGAUUGAAUGGCUACUGCUAGGUGACAUUCGAGGAAGGAAGGAUCCUGAUAGAACUGGCCGUCGUAAUCAGUCUACAGUUUCCCUCAAACUCUGUACAAAAGUAAUGUCUAACCUGUUUCCCCUUCGUGUUGCUUUGACCUCUGUUGCUUACCCAAACAGAUGAUGAUGAUAACAAUAAAAAAAUUUAAUACACAUUUUUAUUGGUUUUUAAGCAAAUACAAUAACCAUUAAACACUUAUCCUGCAGUACACUGAAUGGUGUUUGUUUUCUCCAUUAUAUCCGCAAUGAAAGGCCAAACCCUUCCUCCAAAUCCUGCCUUUGCCCUGCUAUCUUUGGACAUAGACUUAAGCUCCACCCUGCACCACAGAGAACUAGUAGGCUUCUUACUGACUGCAGCACGAUGAGCGAUAGCUCAGCAAUGGAAGAACCAGACUGAAAUACCCCUGAGCCUAUGGGAAAAUCAUAUCUGGGAUAUAAUACUUUUUUUUUUUAAUGUCCUUGAUACCAAAGCCUUCGUGCGACUUACAUAAUGGCUGCAUUGAGGGAAGGAAAAGAUAAAUGGAAAACCACUCCCUUCCAAAAACAAAGGGUGUCUUCCUGACUGUCACGGAUUUGGGGAGGCAAUCAGUCACAUACUGGCAAGUUCAAAUUGCUUUUGUGCAACAAACUCCCCUGCCCCAGACCUGGUGACAGUUGACACCUCCUCCUCCUCUUCCUCCUCCUCCUCCUCCUUCUCGUAAAUGAAUCUUAAUGAAUGCUCAGUAAAUAGCCAAUGUCAUCUAGCCUCCCUGCAAACUGUACUAAGAAAUCAGCUCAAGAAACAGGUCGUUUGGAAGUGACCAGAGACUGUGCUCAUCGAGCACAAUCUGCUAACCUGCUGUCUUAAGUUAGAGGUCUUAAUUUAUCGGGGGGGGGGGGGGAGAAUGAUACAAUUAGUUGCUAAGCAACACAGGCAGUUUCUGGAACAAAACUACAAGCCUGUUCAUUCACAAGAGUUCACUGAGUGAAGAAUGUCCAGUGGGUUUUUAUUAUUAUUAAGAACUAGAUACAUGCCAGGAAAUGUGCUGCAAAUCAGGGCAUCUGGGUGCCAGAGGGCAAUUUCUAGUUACCAGUGGUGACCAGUGCUAGGUGAAUCAUGACAGAUUUAAUUAUAGAUUUUCCCAUGUAAUUUUCUAUUUGUUUUGUAGGAAUUAUCUUACUUGCGUGCAGUGUUGGCUAUGAAGAAAAACAAAAGACAAGAGGAAGUUAUUACUUUAUUGAACGAUGUGCUUGAUACUCAUUUUUCCUCAUUGCAAGGCUUACCUCUUGGUGUAGAAUAUUUCGAAAAAUUAAACCCUGACUUUUUGAUAGAGAUUAUUAAGGAGUAUCUUAGCUUUUGCCCAACGCAGGUAAGUAGCUAGGAUUUUUGUCCUCCUAAAACAACCACCAUUUAUUAUUAUGCUUUGUACUCAAAAGAAGGUUUCAGGUUGAAGCAAAGACAAUUAGGAUGAAUCGCCAAGAUUCUGAGCACUGUCCAUUAUAAGGACUGAGCAAUAAUUAAUAGCGGAGUAACUGCUAAAGUAUUUUUGUUUUCCUUGUAAAAAAGUCCAGAACAUUGUCAUGACACAAAUUAGGUGCGCUACGUUGCGUCAUUGGUAGAUGUGGCGAAUAUGUGAAAGAUUCUGGUUGAUCCUGGUCAUCUGCUUAAAGAGCUGAUUGUUUUGUUUUUAAAUCUGGGAUGGGGAAACAAUAAUAAUAGAAACAGUAAUAAUGUUAUUAUUUAUACCCCUCCCAUCAGAACAGGUUGCCCCAGCCACUCUGGACGCUUCCAAUACAUAUAAAAACAUAAUUAAGCAUCAAACGUUAAAAACCUUUCAAUACAGGGCUGCCAUCAGAUGUCUUCUAAAAGUCAAAUAGUUGUUUAUUUCUUUGACAUCUGACGGGAGGGCAUUCCACAGGGCGGGCAUCACUACUGAGAAGGCCCUCUACCUGGGCGCCCGUAACUUCAUUCUCGCUUUGAGGGAACUGCCAGAAGGCCCUCGGAGCUGGACCUCAGUCUCUGAGCUGAACGACAGGAGUGGAGACAUUCCUUUAGGUAGCCCUACAGAUGUUUGUUGGGCCCCACUCCCAUCACCCAUGACCAUUGACUAUGCUGGCUGAGGUUGGUGGAAGUCGAAAUCCAAUAACAUCUGGAAGGACACAGGUUUGCCACAUGUUUUAAGGACUCUUCUUGAGCUUGAGUGAGGAUGACAAAGUAGGUUUGGGGCUUUGCUGUGAGAAGACUUUGAAAUAUUAGUAGAAUCCGACCCCUAACUAUAUCUGUACUAGUUGGGUUCCUCCCUCCCUCCCUCCCUCCCCCUCCAAGUUUUUUCUUCCUGGAAGAGAAAACUGAAGAUUUGUUUCAGUAGGAGUUUACCACCACGUUCAGAACCAACUCUCAUUAUGCCUUUCUGCCCUCUUGUUGGCCUGCAAGAGCUUGCAGGCCUUUCCCCUGAGUCAGGCCAGCAUGCCAGAGGCAGAGUGCUGUGUGGAUUCAUGGAGCUGCCUCAGCACACAUCCUGUGUGGCUGUAAGUCAGCAUUGCCUCAGAAAGCACAGGUGCUUCGUUCUGGAAAAGAUCUAGAAAACUGCCUGUUGAAAAUACACUCAGAAUUUUUACCUCAGCUCAGAUAUACAUUUCAUUGGGAUUUUUUUUUUCUCUUUAAAGAAAAAAACCCUUCCGCUUUCUCGAUGUAAUAUAUCAAAGUACCGUUUGUUUAUCUCAAGCCUGCAGGUCGAGGACAACCUCCUUCCCCGCUUCUCAAGCCUUGUGCGUCCGUCCUUGAAACUGUGGUUAAAACUGUUCCUGGUCUCCUGCAAGCUGCCUAUUUAGUCGCAAAGGUGAAAUAUUUGGCAGGUAAAUCUCUCGAGUUUGAACCAAUGCAAAUAUUACGUCAGUAGCACUUGCAAAAAUAAAUAAAUAAUAAAGCUGCAGUGUGGAGUGCUCUCUGUUAAGGAUUACACACUCCACCCCACAAUAUCAGUUAGUAUGCUUGGUCUGCACUGGGGUGUUUUGCUGUUCCCACCCCAUCCUUAAACAGUUCCCUAGCCUGUUGCUACCUCCCUCAUAUUGUGCUAUUUAGACUAUGUAAAGCAGUGGCACCCGCACCUUGAACCUUGCAAAUAGAAGAAAUUGUUGAAGCAUGUUUUGUAAUUUGAAACUGUACUAUGUGAUUCAUAAAGCACUGUAAUAGCUGAGAUGUAACUUGCAGCUGGUGACUGGUGUGCUCUCUUUCUUACAGCAAGUGAUUUCAUUGCUUCUUUAGUUGUUGGAAUAUUUUUUAAAAAUGUAACCGUUUAAUAAAUAGUGCUGGGACGGAAGGAGGUAUAAUCAGUGGAAACGAACCUGUCUUGCAAAUGCAAUCCUAAGGCAGCUUGUCAGCAUAUUGAAUUUGUUUCUCCCCUUCAUUGUUUUGUUUGCUUAAUCUGAUUAGGUAACACUGAAGCAUCCCAGAGCAUCUUGCAGCACUGCAUAGAACAGAAUCCAUCACACGCAGAUGCCCAUCUCCUUAUGGCUCAAGUGCAUUUGUUGCAAAACAACUUCAAACUCUGUUCUCAGUCUCUGGAACUCUGCCUAAGCUAUAACUUUGAGGUACACUUGAUUGGAAAAUCUAGCCCAGCAUACUGAAGCUCUUUAUUUUACUUCCAUGCUUGAUUGGCAUUUUAAUUUGCUGCCAGUAUUAUUAUUACUUUUUUUGCCCGUGGAUAAAUUGUCAGGACAUCAAUAACCGUCACAUAACAAGGAAACAUAUGCAUUUCGCUAUUUAACAAAGAGCUCUUAGUUGAAAUCGGCAAUAUCAAAAGUCAGUGCAGGGUUUCAGGCUUAGGAGUUGACUCAGCUUCGUGGUUUUUUUUCUGCCUGCUGUACGACAGAAACCCUACUGUGGUUGCAGCCCCAAAACCCUGGCAGUAUAAAUUUGCUAGGCUUUUUCCUUUUACCUUCAUAUUCUUGCAAGCCCCAUGAAUUAACUUUAGACCCCUUUUGGAAACGUUGGGAUUAAGUGAAACAGGAAACUACUGCUAACUGGCUUACUAGUUUGUCUGCUCGUUUUGUGCAGAGGGAGUGCAUAGGCUCAUUCAUCUUAAGACGAAAUGUUACCAUGUGAAUGCAGUCAGAGGUCAUCAAUCCUCUGGCUGGUGAUAGGGCAAAAGUUAAUAGGAAAAAUAAAUAAAUGAUUUAUAAAAGGUAAAGGACCCCUGGAUAGUUAAGUCCAGUCAAAGGCGACCAUGGGGUUGUGGUGCUCAUCUCGCUUUCAGGCCGAGGGAGCUGGUGUUUGUCCACAGACAGCUUUCCGGGUCACAUGACCAGCAUGACUAAACCGCUUCUGGCGCAAUGGAACACUGUGAUGGAAACCAGAGCGCACGGAAACGCCGUUUACCUUCCUGCCGCAGCAGUAGCUAUUUAUUCGCAUUGGCGUGCUUUCGAACUGCUACGCUGGCAGGAGCUGCGACAGAGCAACGGGAGCUCACCAUCCUCUUUAGUGUGAUGUAAUAAGUAGUUCCCGGUUGUGAUCUCAGUGCACACAUAAAUAGCAACCUUGCUGAAAGCUAAGCAGGUUUUCAUUGGAUCAGUGUCUCUAGGAUCUCCCCGUAUCCUCAGCUCCCUGAAGGAAAGGUGGGAUAUAAGUAAAAGAAGGGAAAAAAUAGGAUUUUGAGAUAUUUUGAAUGUUAUGGGCCACUCUUGAGCAAAUGGAGGUAGGAUCAACCUGAGUAGGACGUAGUUGCUUUAAAAGCAGGAGAGAGCCACUCCUGUUGUCCUGUACUAAAGCUUAGUCAUUCUAGAUUACUUUUGUAAAUCGCUCAAAACAAUGUACCGUAUUUUUCGCCCUAUAGGACGCACCGUCCCAUAAGGCGCACCUAGUUUUUUUGGGGGGAAAUAAAGGAAAAAAAAUUUAUUUCCCCCCCAGGCGCGGGGCUGGGGCGGGGGAAGCCCGAGCUUCCCCCGACCCCAGCCCCCAGAACAGGAAACUCUCCGCAAGCCGCGGGAGCCCAGCGCAGGGCUCCCACGCCUUGCGGAGAGCUGUGCGAAGUCUGGGCGCGCUGAGCUCAGCACACCCAGGCUUCGGCAUGCAGGCAACUCUCCGCAAGCCGUGGGAGCCCGGAGAUCUGCGCGAAGCCUGGAGAGCGACCUGGUGCGCACCGACCCCUCUCGCUCUCCAGGCUUCAGCGAAAGCCUGCAUUCGCCCCAUAGGAUGCACACACAUUUCCCCUUCAUUUUUGGAGGGGGAAAAGUGCGUCCUAUGGGGCGAAAAAUACGGUACAUAAUUAUCCCACUAAUAUAAGUAUGAUUUAACAUACUAGAUGGUUAGGGUUUUUUCUUUUCUUCUUGGAAGACUGUAUGGGACAUAGAUGCUGAUUAUGUACUCUUCAUUAGGUCAGAGAGCAUCCUGUGUACCACUUAAUAAAAGCUCGAGCCCAAAUAAAGAUGGGGGAAAUAGCAGAAGCUGUUAAAACUCUGCAGAUGGCAAUGAACUUGCCUGGAAUGAGAGCCGCCGCACUUUCCUCAAAGUCAAAAACAAAGAGGAUUGAAAUUGACGGGAGCGAUCGUGUGUCCGUCUAUCUGGAACUAGUAGAUGCUCAUCGGUUGAAUGGCGAACAGGUAUGACGAGAUUCUGUUUCAUACGUAAAACUGGUACAUAUCCUUUGGAUGUGGUCUGCAAAUUUUGGAUACCUGUUAGCAGAAGUACAGUUUUUAGAGAGUGCUUGCGAUCAUCCUGCUGGCAGUGACAGAUGAUGGGUUGCAUCCAUUUGUGGAAGGAGAGGGGGAAAUGUUUUUUCAGAUUUCCUCCGUACCUCUGUACAUGCUGCUUCCCACGCCUAUUCUGGAGGGUUCCCCAUCUCUUUGGAGCUUGCUCACCUCCACUGCCCUUUCCUGCAAGGGAAGUACUUUUUUAGGGUACCGACUUAAUUCACACAAGGCAAUGGUGAGGUCCAGUAAGUCUAGUGGUGCUCUGUGUAAACCAUUGUGUGCCAUUGGGGUGCGAGGGGAGAACACUGCCACAAUGGCCGCCUUCCCAGCGCACAGGGGUUCCUGGGCAAAUGCCUUGAUGUGGAAUGGUCUCUGUGAAAGUACAAAGUUUGAAAGCCACAGUUUUUGCAGGGGCAAUUUAGGCAGAGAUUUAACAAGAACGAUGGUCUCUUUUGAAGCACGAAGCCAUUAAAGUCCUCCAAGAUGCUAUCAACGAAUUUUCUGGCACCCCGGAAGAGCUGAGAGUUAUGAUUGCUAAUGCAGACCUAGCCCUUGCGCAAGGCGACGUGGAAGCGGCUUUGACGAUGCUCAGGAAUAUAACCCCAGAGCAGACUUACUUUGUUCAAGUCAAAGAGAAAAUGGCAGAGAUCUAUCUGGAGCACAGGAAGGAUAGGAAGCUAUACGCAAGCUGUUACAGGUAAGAGCUUAGUUUGCCAAAAUAAUAAUAAUACUAUGUACCAAGUUCAUUUGGUGCCUGUUUCUUCCUGAAGAAAUAAACCACUUCACUGAAAAGUACUGUGCGUAGAUGUACAUUGAUGUACAAAAAAGCCAUUCAUUUUGAAAUAUUCUUUAAAACAAAAAUACACGUCGGGAAAACAGCUCUGGGUCACCGCUGCAUUGAUCAGAAACAUACACCUGUAUGCCUGCAGUUUUGUUCUCUCUACAGCAGAGGUGAGCAGCCUGUGCCCUUCUCUAUGUAUGUUUGGACUACAACUCCCAUCAUCCGUGGCACUGGGGCUGAUGGGAGCUGGAGCUCGAAAGCAUCCCAAGGGCCACAGGUUCCCCAUCCCUACUCUACAGUUGAAGCUAUCACAGGGCAACUGUGUUUCAGCCUGUAACCCCCCGCAACAAGGAUGUGUCCAUUUGCUUUUGGAAUGGUACGGUUUUGCUUCUUUGGAAAAUGUUGUCAAUAAAAUAUUGUGCCUUUUUAGUACUUACGGUGCCUAGGGAAGGUAUUCAGAGCCCACAGAUAUCUCCUUCUUCCAACCAAAGUGUGUCCCCUUCUACCCCUUGCCUCAAUUUUUUUAAAGUCUUACAGUAAGUAUGCUAGACUCAAUUUUCCAGAUGUUAUGAUUAUCCCAGUUGUUCUCUUGGAGUCCUUUGUUUGAAUGAAGAUGCUCUUCUGAAUCAUUCUUUAGUUAGCUAUGUGUUCUAUGGCACAACUGUUACAGCACUGGUAUCAACAAGAAAGCACGACAGAUAGCAGAUUUCGCUGUCUUCCUUAAAACUAAGAUUUCCAGGAUAACAGUUCGUCUUAAUUUGCUUUCUCUGGAACACCUCCUCUGUCCUUGUUAAAUCGAAACGUCUGAAGACAAAGGAAGCAAACAUUUGCCACCAGUCUAUUAAACAAAAAAAGGGAAAAAAUACCUGGCCAUUGAAAGUUGGCUUACUGCACUAGUAGCAAACAGAUUCAACUAUUGACAUGAUUUAUUUUCUUUCUUCUUAUUUUCAGAGACCUGGUGGAGAAACUUCCAAGUUCUCACACCUUUCUUCUCCUUGGUGAUGCAUAUAUGAAUAUCCAGGAGGUAUAAGCAUUUGUAGCUUUAGGGGUUAUGGUUAGAAGGUUUCAGUUCGGAAGGAGCACCUCUGUUGUGAAAAGUACUGGCUUACACAAGCCCUGACCCCAGCCUUGUAGACAUUUUGUUGUUGUCUUUGGCAUCCAUCUGUCAUGAGAGACAAUGGAGUGCCCCAUCUGGAGGUGAAGUCAAACUGCUGUGUUAGCAGCACUGAAGUGACUUCCCCAGGGCGCAAGCCUGGGUAGUGUGUAUGGAGGUCCUGGGCUGCCCAGAUGACAAGACCCGCCCCCCUCAGCCUUGCCGAUGUGGUCCAAAGAAAAUCAAAACAAUACUUUGGCACCAGCUUGCCAGAAAGAGGCAUACAAGGCACCAUCCAACAGUCUUAGGGACUCCAUUUUGGAUUUGUGUAGGGUUACUCCUUAGCCUUUCUUCUCCUGAAGAUGUCCUGCAAGGCAGUGGGUACGGAUUUUUCCUCUGGGUUUACUCCCGAAGCCUUUCUUACCUGCAAGGUGUGGAAGUUUAGGAUCAAAGUUUUCCUUCUCCUUGAUGGGCUACCUUUCCAAGUUGACAAGCCCCAUCUGCCCCUCACUUCCCUAUAGAGUAGGCAUAGGCAAACUUGGCCCUCCAGAUGUUUUGGGACUACAGUUCCCAUCAUCCCUGACCACUGGUCCUGUUAGCUAGGGAUGAUGGGAGUUGUAGUCCCAAAACAUGUGGAGGGCCGAGUUUGCCUAUGACUGCUGUAGAGCAUGUGUAGAAACUGCCUUCUUGACCAUUGGACCCAUACUUGUUCUCAUCCGCUCAAUAUGUUGGAGCCUGUCUUUGUAUGCAGGGGAAGCCCCUAACUCACUGAGGGUUUGAAACCCAUUGACUACUCUCACCUGGUUUAGCUAGCCAGCUGAAGCCGCUUCCUGGGGUGUGGCUGCUGUCGCAUACUGACAUUGGUAGACAUAUGUAACCAGGAAUUGCAUGCAGUUGACAAAACCAAGCAAGUUACUAGAGGGAAGCCCCUCUCCUCUGUGUCCAACACAGAAAUGCAGUUUUUUGUCUGUUACUUCCUCCUUGCAGGAUAGUAACUUUCACGGGUUUAUUUACAAGGCUGCCUGCCCCUCAAGAGGGAAAAUGGAAAGAGAAUGUACCAAAUGGGAUCACCAUGAGGCUCUUCAGAGUUUUGUUUCCCCACUUGGCUCUGUGCCCUUGCCUUAUCCCAAGACUCCCCACUGGAAUCUUGUCUUCUGAUUAAUAUUAUUUGGUUUGGUUUUGUUGUAUCUCUAUUGAUAUACUAGAUAUAGAUAUAGAUAUAGAUAUAGAUAUACCGUAUUUUUCGCCCCAUAGGACGCACCGCCCUAUAGGACGCACCUAGUUUUUUUUUUAGGGGGGGAAUAAAGAAAAAAAAUUAUUUCCCCCCCAGGCACGGGGCUGGCGCGGGUGAAGCCCGAGCUUCCCCCGACCCCAGCCCCCAGAACAGCCUGCUAUCCGCAAGCCUAGGGAGCCGCGCCGGUCUCCCUAGAGCUGUGCGAAGCCUGGGCGCGCUCUUCAGCGCGCCCGAGGCUUCAGAAUGCAGGCAGCUCUGCGCAAUCCUCCAGAGCCCGGCGCGGCUUGGCGCCGGGCUCCGGAGGGUCGCGCAGAGCUGUGCAGAGCCCGGGAGCACAGGCAGCUCUGUGCGACCCUCCGGAGGCCAGCGCGGCUUGGCGCCGGGCUCCGGCGGGUUGCGCAGAGCUUCCUGAAGCCUGGAGCGAGCGCCUUUCGCUCUCCAGGCUUCAGUGAAAGCCUGUAUUUGCCCCAUAGGACACACACACAUUUCCCCUUCAUUUUUGGAGGGGAAAAAGUGCGUCCUAUAGAGCGAAAAAUACGGUAGAUAUAAAUAGGCCUUGCAAUCAUUCAUGCUUGGGCUUCUCAUGACCUUACUGUUAUUUUUCUUUACCCUAGCCUGAAGAAGCCAUUGUGAUAUAUGAACAGGCUUUGAAGUUGAAUCUAAAGGAUGGAGCAUUGGCUCGCAAAAUUGGGAAUGCCUUGGUCAAGACUCAUAAGUAUACAAAGGUAUGUGAAGACUGGCUUGCAUGCAUCCCGAUACAAUCAUUUCUGUAACAUUUCCAGAAAUACUUAACCUGCCCUCCAGAAGAGCCCAGGAUUGUGGAUGUUGAUGUGCACACACAAAAAUAAUUAGCAGCAUGAAGAAUGUUAAAAUAUUCUGCUCUGAAGUUUCUAGCUCUCUCUUUCCUCCAUCCAGCUCUUCCUUCCCCAAGUUUUUAGUAGCAGCAGCAGUACAAAAGUGAAACGACGCCAGCUAGCCAAGAAGAGGGUGGUUUUUGUGGGUCAAAGCGAAAUGCAGGUUUAAAAAAUAAUAAUUUUUAGGUUAAUAUUGUUUGUAUGAAAACAAACAACAGUAACAAACAACUUGAGGGGGUUAAAGGAAGGAGGGAGAGAGGAAGGAGAAGACUCCUCUCUGAUGCACUGGAAAUCUGUCUGAAAAAUAAAACAAAGAAUAUCCACAUAUGGAUUACACGACGCCCAAAUGCCCCCGUAAGUGUCCAAGUGUUACUGCGUGCCUAUGGUCUUUGGCUUGUUCAUGAAUGGAGAGAGCUGUCAAUGCAUGAUGGAGGACAAUGCCUUAUUUUUCCAGUGUUGCCACUCCCAUUCCCAGUUUCAUUUUCCAUGUAGAAUUUAAACUGUUGGCCUGUGAAGGGCACUGUGGGCUUUGGGGAUGGUCACAGGAUCAGAGAGAAAAGUGCUUCAUAUAAUCAAAAUUAGCCAUCACCCAAAGGCUAUUAAAGUUGCUAAGAAACAGACUCCUUACAGCUUAAAAGAUCCUUGCGGUGAGAGAAAUUGGGAUUGGGGGAUGCAUUGUCAGGCACACAUGCACAUGGUCUGAGGUCUGGGGCUGACAGUGCAGCAAACUCUUAACCCUUAGAUUAAGAAUGUUCAUUGACCUAAUUCAAAGCACAUCGUAUCUUGUUGCAGGUUCCUUCUGCGAUAUUUUAUUUUCAGGUUUGUGUAUGAUUUUUUAAACAUAUGUAUAAUCCAUAUAAAGAAUUAUUGAGCUGUGACCAGAACAAAAUACGGACGUAUCAAAAAGAAAUUUGCCUUUAGUUUUAUAUUUAGCUAUUAAUCUGUGCAAAGUAUUGAUUUACUAGCUAAGAUAGUCUGAAGGCAGCUAAGAUAUUCAAAUGGCAAGCGUAAUUUUCCAUUUGAGUGUCAGGGAAUCUUCUCCUUUCUGACACCUGCAGCUCCUUCAGAAAUGUCAAACAGGAUCUUUCAGAUUAUUUGUUUGUUCAUUUAUUAUUUUAGGCAAUCAAUUAUUAUGAAGCUGCUCUGAAAACUGGGCAGCAGAAUUUCCUUUCUUACGACCUGGCAGAGCUAUUGCUGAAAUUGAACCAGUAUGAAAAAGCAGUAAAAGUCCUUCGGCAAGUUUUGGAUCAUGAGUCUGGUACGUACAUCUUAUUUGCUUCAUAUUUUUUUAAGAAAUAAAGAGAUCACUAUUUGUCAAGACUUUGUAUCAAAUAUAUCUCUAUGUUUCUGCAGUAAAUGAUUUGUCCUCUCUGAUGGAAGAUACGCGUUACCAUGUUCUUCUGGCAAAGGUGUACAGCAAAAUGGACAGGACGGACGAUGCUGUUGUUUCCUUACAACAGGUAAAGAAAUAUUAAAUAUUGGCGUGUUAGGCCUUUGGUAGCAGAAGAGAGAUACUUGGUUACCUGGUAGCGAUAGAGGAGAUCAAGCUUAAAAUGGUCCAGGUCUGAUAUUAUUAUUACAGUGGUACCUCGGGUUACAUACGCUUCAGGUUACAUACGCUUCAGGUUACAGACUCCGCUUACCCAGAAAUAGUGCUUCAGGUUAAGAACUUUGCUUCAGGAUGAGAACAGAAAUUGUGCUCCAGCGAUGCGGCGGUAGCAGGAGGCCCCAUUAGCUAAAGUGGUCUUCAGGUUAAGAACAGUUUCAGGUUAAGUACGCACCUCUGGAACGAAUUAAGUACUUAACCUGAGGUACCACUGUACUUCUUUAUUGCAUUUGUAUCAUACCUUCUCUCCAAGGAAUAAGAUGAUGCACAUGGUCUGCUCCUCUUCAUUUAAACCUCACAAACAACCCUGUGAGGUAGGUUAGAUGUAGAUGCAGUGGCUGGCCCAAGGUCACCCAAUGAGUAGUACCAGCAGAACAAAAAACAUUUUAAUGGUGAUAAUGAAUUAUUCCCCUAUUGCAUGUGUUUGGUGACUUCAACUUUCCCCUCUCUAUUUUACAUUAGUGACGUUAAAACAACUCCUGCCAUCCCUUACAAAAGUCACUUCCUUCCACUUACAGACCUUUGACUGUUCAAUUUGUUAAGGUAUGUCAGGCAACAAAGGACCAGCUGUUUGCUCACACCAGUCAAGCACAAGAGUUAACUUGGCCUCUGAGCUCAGUUGGUGGAGCAUGAGACUCCUGAUCUCAGGGUUGUGGGUUCGAGCCCCACGUUGGGCAAAAGAUUCCUGCAUUGCAGGGGGGUUGGACUGGAUGACAUUUGUGGUCCCUUCCAACUCUACAAUUCUGCGACUCUUAAGUUGCACAUAUCAAGUCAAGGACACAUACAAUACUGAUUUAGAGAAUUGGUCCUUUUUAAAAUGCACAACUUGCUCCAAAUCCACCCUCCCAAAAAACUUCAUCCGAUAUUAUUAUUUCCUAUUGGAAGCCUCUUUUGCUUUUCCACCAGGCUCAGGAAUUGCAGGCCAGAGUAUUGAAGCGGAUUCAGAUAGAGCAGCUGGACGCGGUUCCUGUACAGAAGCAACUAGCAGCUGAAAUUUGUGCAGAGAUAGCAAAGCAUUCAGCGGCCCAGCGGAACUAUGAGAAAGCAAUUAAAUUCUACAAAGAAGCUCUUGUUCAUUGUGAAACGGACAACAAGGUCAGUGAGCACUAAGAGGAACCGUUUCCCCUCCGGCCUUGCUUAAGAGGUGUGGUGGUUGGGAUGCAUGUUGUAAAUAGAAUGAGAAAUUAGCAAAGAGCUUCUAUUUAUAUUUUAAUCCUCAGGUGAUGCUAGAGCUAGCCCGUUUGUACCUUGCACACGAUGAUGUGGAUGCAUGCCAGCGCCAGUGUGCUCUGUUGCUGAAGAGUGAUCCAGAUAAUGCGCCAGCUGCCAUGGUCAGUUAUACACAUGCUCUCUGUAGGAUGACUAUUUAAUGACAUUAUUUUAGGUUUUAAGAAAAACGAUAAAGGGACACCUCUCUUGCAUGAGCAGCUUUUCUCUAUUGAAAUAUGCACUCAGAGCAAUGUACUGAUGGUAAGAACUACAGUGGAACCUCGGUUUUCAAACGUAAUCUGCUCCGGAAGACUGUUCGACUUCCAAAAUAUUCGAAAACCAAAGCAGUUACCUCCGGGUUUUCAGCAUUCGAAAGCCGAAACAUUCAACUUCUGAGAUGCUUGAAAACCGAGUUUCCACUGUAAUGUCAAAAGAGAAUCUAACAAAAUUAUUUAAAAAAAAACUUUUAACAUUUAGUACAAAAAACACCAGCAAUUUGCUAAACUCAAAUGCUGACAGUUGACAGGCAUUAACAAGCAAAAGCUUUUUGAUACAAAUGGUUUUUCCCAAGCCAACUAAAGUUUUAUAUAGAAAGAUUCCAUGGUAAGUCUCCCUUGGCCAGGUGUUUGAGAGCAUAGGAGCCACUACAGAAAUGGCCCUGCUCCUUGGCCUCAUUGCCUGUCCGUAAACGGAGGGGUACAGACUAAAGGUGCACCCAUUAACCUCUGAAAAUGGAGAGAAACCUAUGAGAGAAAGAGGUAUGCAGAAGCAAGGGCUGUCAAACAAUUGCGGAGCCUUAAUGUGGUUCAUAGCAACUCUGCCAUUCUCUACAUAAAUGACAUUUUUAUGGAACUACCUGCCAUGAUCCUGAGUUCUCUUCUGGUCAGCCACUGCUAGUUCAGAUCCUAUUAGCAUAUACCAUGAAUUUAUACAGUCACUUAUUACAUGGAAUCAUGUUUGCCAUCUUAAUGCCCGUUCACCCAACUUGGGGAGUUCCUUUUUGUGCUCUUCAUAAUCCCUUUUUGUAUUUGCUACCCUGAACCAUUUGGCAUCAUCAGCAAACUUGGCCAUCCCACAGCUCACCCCGACUCCGGAUCACUUACGAACAAAAUAAAAUUUAAAAAAUCACUGCUCCCAAUGCAGAUCCCACGGAACCACUGAAGCUGGUUGAUUUUUGUUCUUUAACAGCUGUGGGUGUGGCCCCUGGGCAUUUGGUGUGUGAAGAAGAGUUUAGCCUCUAGCCCAUUUGAGUUUCGCACUUCGGUAUAGGCUGAUUUUGCAGGAUAAAAUUGCUGCGGAGAAGGUUUUGUGUUGCUUUCUGUUUCCUUAGCAUCUCUGCUUUGUGCUUGUAGAUGAUGGCUGACCUCAUGUUCAGGAAACAAGACUAUGAACAAGCGGUGUUUCAUUUCCAGCAGCUUUUGGAACGCAGCCCAGGUGAGCAUUAGAUCUUUUCAUGGCUCCCUUUUAACAAAUCUUUAUGCUAAAGCUACACGUUGAUGGCAGAGCAAUGCAGGCUCCCUUUCCACCCUGCUAGAAGAGUGGGUGGAUUCCGUCAGCUGCCUGCAGAGUGUGACACCAGCAUCUCUCUGUUGGCACAGAGGGGUCCCCCUUCUGCCUAUCAAACAUAGUUCUGGUUUUUCUUAACAUUCUUAGAUUUUUAUGCUUCUUUCUUGUGUUUCAUUUUCACAAUGUGCUUGCUUUCUGUAAUGCCCGGAAUGCUUACAUUAACAGAUAAUUAUGCAACGCUAUCACGUUUAAUUGACCUGUUAAGAAGAGCUGGAAAGCUAGAAGAAGUUCCAAGAUUUAUUGCCAUGGCUGAGAAACAUUCCCCCAGGACAAAACUGGACCCAGGUUUUCACUAUUGCAAAGGAUUGUAUCUUUGGUAGGUGUGGCUAGAAAAUCACUAGUAUAGUGUCAGUGAGAAAGGGUUGGUUUUCUUUGCUUUCAUGACACGCCAGCCAAGCAAAUUCAAAUAGUGUUAAUGUCUGGUUCUUUCAGUUUACUUGUUUUCUUUGUCCUUCCUACCUUUACAACAGUGAUGGGAGAAUUUCCACUCUGCAGGAUUAAUGAUAGUUUGGCCCAAACAAAGUCCCACCUAUCUAUCUGCUGACAUCUUAUGAUGUCACACACAGGACAGGUAAACUUGUGGGGUCAAACUUAAAUGGAAGAUUCAAGAGUGCACUUAGAGGGUGAUCCCAGUUCUCCUUUUUUCUGCUGCUGGUCCUAUUCAGGGUCUUUUGAAUUUGCCGCCUUUUCCCUAUGGCCCUGUAAAUGUGCCAAAGUCAAAAAACAAAUUACAGCUUGAAAAUUCUUCCUUUUGAAAUUGAGUCACUUGGUGUCAUGUGAUGACAAGUGGUUGACAGGUGGUGGCUCUUGGGGCACGGGAGUUUUGGAUCCUGCCCACCAGCCAGAUCCACUUCUCUACUCCUGCUUUGCAACUCCUUGGCUCUCUGCUCCCUCAUUUCUUUCUCUUUGGACUCUUCCUUUCCAAAUACAGCUGCCUGCCAGCAUCAUUUUCCCAGUUUCCUUGUGUUUCAAUUCAUGCAAGUGUGAUUUCCUGUUUAGGUACACAGGCGAACCAAAUGAUGCACUUCGACAUUUUAACAAAGCGAGGAAAGACAAUGACUGGGGACAAAACGCUGUUUAUAAUAUGAUUGAAAUCUGCUUGAACCCUGACAAUGAAACAGUGGGAGGUGAAGUGUUUGAACACCUGGACGGUGACGCAAAGUGAGUGGCAAUGAGAUUUUUAGAACUCCUAGUAUUUUAGUGCAGUGUUUUGUUUUGGUGUGUCUUGGCUGGCACAUGGAAGAGUCUCUACAAAUUCUUUUUGGGUGCCAGCAGUGAGUGACGGGUUGAAUUCAAGCGGGGAAAUGAUGGGAACCAGAUUUUAUUUUAUUUUUUACUGAUUUCUAUAAAAAUGCAUCAUGGAUAAAAGUUGAUGACAGAUAUAUAAUUAAAGGCUCCUAAAGGCUAAACUUGCGUGAUAUUGUCAGCCGGCUUUCUAGGGCUCAUUCUAGCUAUUUUCAAAAUCCCGAUUGAGUAAUGGAAAGCAGAGUUUCUGAUACACAAGAACUGAUGCUGUUUCUUUUAUGCAUGUAUGUAUGAAGUAGCUCAACAGAGAAACAAGAGUCUGUGCAGCUGGCUGUGAGAACAGCAGAGAAGCUCUUAAAAGAACUGAAGCCCCAGACAGCUCAAGGCCAUGUGCAGCUCCGCAUCAUGGAAAAUUACUGCCUUGUGGCAACCAAACAAAAAUCAAAUGUUGAGCGAGCGCUAAACGCCUUUACAGAAAUUGUGGUUGAUGAGGUGGGUUGUUUAUAGUGUCUGUUCAGUUGAACACAGGUGUAUUAUACACAUGUAGGAACCUCAUACCUACAAAUAAAUGUAUUCCAUGCACUGCCCAUUGCUUUAAUAGUAGAUUAUAUUUGUCAUACGUGUGUCAUACAUGUGUAGGAAAACCUUAAACAUGUUGCAGAGUUCAGCAGAGUUCCAAAAAAUAGACCAGAGGCAAUAGUACUUCAUUCCGCAGAGCUUUACUUCUGCUGAAGGCAAAUGUAGUGUAAUGGUUAUCAAAUCCAAUACAAUCAGGACAUGCAUACAGAGUUGCAGCACUUACAAACCUAACUCAUAAUAAGACUGAACCUGAACACUAUACAGAAACAGAAACACCACACCAGAAGGGAGAGAGAUAGAAAGAGAAAAGUAAAACUCAGGGUUCUUCUGGCCUAUAUUUAUAGUCAGCAUGACCUUAAUUGGAAGAGAUAAGAGAACUAUUUCAAAGCAGCUUCCCAGAAGUUAUAACCCAAACAAUCAUUAACCCUUCUGCCUUUCCUUCUCUCACACAGAGAGUAGCCUCCUGUAUUAAUCCAAAUGGAAAAGAAUCUUUACACACGAGAUCAAUACUUUCUGCACUAAGAAAUGCAAACUGACAAUAUUAAAUAUCAUUUUUCAGAGUGUAGUUGUACUAGGUAAAAAAUGAUUCUUUUCAGAGGUGUUUGUAACAGAAUAAUAAACAUUAGUAAGGAAUGCUGGGAAUCUCCACCCCACCCCCCAAGUUUGCAAGUUUCUUACUGCCACUGUUUUUCUUUCAUGCAAGAUAUCCGCUUGUGUUAAGUUUUAUUGAAUUAAUCACAUUGUGGCUUUAGAAAGGCAUUUUUGGGGUUGUGAUUAUUAUUUUUUUUCAACCAGCCCAAGUGCUAACCUAGAAUAACCAGCCGCUGUCAGUGCAAGCACUGUCCUUUUGAGAAUGCUGACAUUUAUACUGGGUUCUCUGUCUUCUGAGUUGCAUCAUAUUGGUCUUUUUUGCAGAAAGAUCACAUCCCAGCACUUUUGGGAAUGGCCACGGCUUACAUGAUCUUAAAACAAACCCAGCGAGCCAGAAACCAGUUGAAGCGCAUUUCAAAGAUGAACUGGAAUCCCGUUGACGCAGAAGAGUUUGAAAAAAGUUGGCUUCUCCUCGCCGACAUUUUCAUUCAGUCUUCAAAAUACGAUAUGGCUAGUGACCUGUUAAAACGGUGCCUUCGUCACAACAGGGUAACGGACAGGCCAGAAGUAAUGCUGUAUCUGUUCUGUUCAUGUUUUCCUACCCCUGGAGUCUUUUAAUUAAUGAAACUAAUUUUAUGGAAAGCAGGCAAAAUGAGGCCGGCAUUCCUUGAACUGGCUGACAGUGGUGAGGGCAGUGAUUUAUGACCUUCUGUGCGGUGCCAUUGAGGGCCAACAGCACUUCAGCUUACAAUUCAGUGGGUCAACAGGCUCUGCAAUUUUAAGACUUGCUGACAGAGAUUUCUCUCUUUUUUUAAUUCUUUUUUAGUCUUGUUGCAAAGCUUAUGAAUAUAUGGGAUACAUAAUGGAGAAAGAACAAGCAUAUAAGGAUGCAGCUGCAAACUACGAGAUGGCCUGGAAAUAUGGAAACCAAACAAAUCCAACAAUUGGUAGGUUCACCCUUAGCAACUUCAUUUCAUUUUCACUUCACUUUUAAUUCAUAUAACGCCUUUCUAUACUACUAUACACAAGGCGGCUGACAAGCUGGACAAACAACAAAAUAGACAGCAAAGAUCACACAUGUAAUCGAAAUUGAAAACCGAGGUGAUUCUCUGCAGCCAAGACUGGGGAGAUCCACUCCAGCUCUCUGGCCAAACUCUCUGUGGUUAGUAGGUUUUUAAAUUUAUUAUUAAUUAUUAUUACAUAUUUAUUAAAUGCCUAUGCCACUCUUCCUGCUAAAGGAACCUUGUUCAAAAAAAGGGGCUGCAGCAGGUAUCCACAAGCUCUCAGCUCCCCUUGUAAAAUCCUAGGAUUACAUGAAAAGAGAAUGCUACUUUUGCAUUAACCUCUGACUUACCAUUUUUUACAGGUUUCAAGUUGGCAUUUAAUUACCUGAAAGCCAAGAGAUACAUUGAUGCAAUCAAUGUUUGUCAUAAGGUAAACUUUUUUUACAAACAUGUUUCUUUGCUUGUGGGUUCUAUGAAAAGGGGAAAACACUGUAGUAUAGUUCUCGUUAAUGACAGUAUUGACGUCUGCUGCAGUGAAAUAGCUUUAGAUAUCUAACAGUAGAAUAGUCAACUACUUGUUUUAGUUUACAGUGAGACUUUAUGUGUCUACAUGUUGUAAACCGCCCUGAGACUUGCAGGUAUAGGGAGAUAUACAAAUUUAAUAAAUAACAAUAAUAAAGUAAUAACUUUACUGCUUACUAUGAAUAUAUUUUCUUUCAACAGGUUUUAGAACAGCAUCCAAACUACCCCAAGAUCAGAAAGGAAAUACUUGAUAAGGCACGCGUAGCAUUAAGAACUUGAAUAAUAUUGUAUGUAUUUAUCUUAAAUGGGGGGGGGGGCAAACAGAGAAAGGUCUGUAAAACUAUCUGUGUAGUUUGUGAUGCUACAUGCUCAGUUAGUUCCCAUUGAAAAAAAGUGGAGAGUACUUUUUUAGCACAUAGAGAGUUCAGCAAAUUUAAAAGAUAAUCAGUGUCUGUUACUACCCACCUGUAGGUAUUGGCUACAGUCCAAAUAAAUCACUUUGGUGUAAGGGAACAACAGCCACAGCUGGAACGUCCUUUGAAAGUUGCUCUGUGACAGAGAGAGUUCCCAGCUGCACCCUCCUUCGCUGGCCUUCAAACAUCACCCUCGUAAAGGUGAUUUAUUUGGAGUACGGCCAUGCUUUUGAAAUGGUGUAUAAUCGGGGUCCUCAAAGGCAGCGGGGGGAAAGACUGCGAGAAUGCUUUAUUUGUGUCUCACACGUCUAACUGUUUUAUUUUUGCAAAACGUUUUCCCAGAUGGAAUCCUAGAUCAAGUAGACCAAAACUCGAAAAAAUCCCUUCCCCUACCCCAGUUUAUUUUACCAAUGACCAAUUUAUUUUGCUAUUAUAUACUACAGAAAUCAUUACAUAAUUGCGCAAGGUGCCAGUAGUUCCCUAAGGAUAUAUUUACUGAUUACAUACGCAACUUGCCAUUCUUUCGAGAUGUUCAGCCUCAACCAUUUGGCAAGGUGGGUUAAGCUGAAACGAUGUCCCAUCCCCAUAGGCUAUCCUACUGAAUGGGAGGAAUUUGAAUUUCAUUCUACCACAUUUAUUUAUUAGCUAACGGUAUUUGCAUGCUACUCUGCAAUUAUUAUUAUUUUAUAAUUCAUUAAAAUGAUUUUAAAAUACAAUAUAAAAGAAUUAAAAAUACAAGUUACAACAAAGCACCUCUUGGCAGAUAGAGAAAGCAGUAAAAUCAGGGACAGACCAAUUUAAAAACAUUAGCAAACCAGGGUUCUCACAGUUUGAAACACUUUGAUUGAAGAUCUAGUUGUCCUCCAUGCUUAAAGCUCCAAAGUAGUAGUAUUACUAGAACUUCUAGUAGAAAUGACAACGUAUUUUACUUCAUUUGUAUAAUUCAUUAUUUGGAUUAUUGUGUAAAACUGUCUUUCAUCAAGUGAUUAUUGUCUAUGUAGCCUCAAAGAAUUCCCAUGGCUUUUUCUGAGAGGCUUGUUUCAGUUCCUGCAAUAUAGCAUGUAGGCCAUAAUUCAAGUGGACAGAGAUAUGCCUCACCUUUUGUAAACACUAUAUUUACAUAUGCUUUUAUCAUAUGAUUUGCAUUGUUUUAUGAAUUUUGGUAUUUUUCAUGUAAACUGUACUGAAUUACUAAUUCGAAAAGAAUGUAUAAAUGUCUUACAUAAAAUAAAUAUAUUUCUUC